AUGAAGAUUUUGGCGACGCUACUUCUUGUGCAAGUGUACCUCGUAGCAGCAAACCCAUUAUUAAGAAUAGCCGGUGGUAGAGACGCAACGCCGGGUCAGUUCCCAUACCAAGUUGCCAUCCAAUAUGGAAUUCCACCAGUAGUCAAACCUAAGACAACCUGCGGUGGUUCUAUUAUCAACAAGGAAUGGAUCCUUACUUCAGCUACUUGUAUAAUUCUUCUUCCAAGCAAUGUUGGCAAGGUUGAAGUUAAGGCUGGCAAACAUGAAAAUGAAAAAGACAGUGAAUACGUGCAGACUCGCGAGAUUUUAUUGAGACUCGUACACAAAGAGUAUAAAACAAUUAUCAAGCAAAUUCGGUCGUACGACAUCGGUUUACUCAAACUCAAAUCUCCUUUGGUCUUUAACGACCGCGUGCAGCCAAUCAACCUACCCAAAGCCUACACAAAACCGAGCGGUCUUGCGACGCUUACAGGUUGGGGUUGGACAUCUACCGGCUUAAUUCCCAAAAUACCAAAGGUUCUCCAAGUGGCCAAAGUAUCAAUAAUAAGUAGGUCAAAUUGUGAGGACGCUAUCAGAACCAUCCAACCUACCGAGUCUAUCAAUGACUUACAGUUCUGCAGUGGACCACUUGAUAAAUCAAUUUCAGCUUGUGUGGCUGACAGUGGUGAUCCACUAGUACAGAUUAAUAAAUCAAACAACAAAUCAAUUCAAAUUGGUAUAGCAUCUUGGGCUGAUUACCCAUGUGGUGCGACUGGUGCACCAACUGUAUACACUCUAGUGUCGGCCUUCGUCUACUGGAUCAAUGAGAGAAUCAAUGAAAACUCAUAA